UGGGUAACUCCAUUAUUGCCAAAAACAAACAGAACAGAGUUGAAGUUGUUAUUUACUCUAACUCCACUCAUCAUUAUUGCCACUACUACCCAAAUAAACAGUGAAGUGUGACAGCACCUAUUUGCAUUUGGUCCCUUUCCUGUGUGUCUUCCUCCCCUAACAAUUUCUUACUUCUUCUGAUCACAUUUCACAAUGAACAGGAUGCUUAGACCCUUGCUCAAUCAAAUCCAUAGCUACCUAAUGCAGCCACGUAUAUGGAGAUUACUGGGUUUCGCAUCAACCCUUAUUGGAUUCAUAUGCUACGCUCUCAGCUCCUCCUUCUACCAACUCUUCGGAAGUUGGACCUUGUUCAAAAUCGUUGCUUAUAGCAUUUUCAGUAUCAUCAUUUGUCUCACAAUUUUGUUUCCAAAAUUAUGGCAACAAUUAAGAGGCCUCAACUUUGAAGCACACAUGGCCUUCUUCGUCUUGACCAUCACCUCUGUCUAUUCAUACUUUUCCGAUAAAGCGAUGAAAGGGAAACCAGAUGCUUAUAGCGUAACAUCCUAUGCUGCUUUUGCCGUUACAUCGCUUAGCUUGCAAAGACAGAGUAAGUCUCACUUCGGAUUUGAAGUUGAUUUGCUCUAUUUCUUCUUAGGAUGUGUGAUAGUACAGUUCAUGAAGAUAGAGUUGUGGUUAGGAUUUGUUGGAAUCGGUUUUAGUUAUUCCUUAAUCAUUCUUCGCUCAUGUUUAGAUGCACCGGCCAAAAACCGGAAUCAAAGAUUCCAAGAUAAGCAUCAUCUUGUUGUUCAAGUGAAUAUGAAUCCGUUGCAAGUCAAUAAUAAUAUUAAUAGCAAUCUUGUUAGCAGUAAUAUCCCUCAAAAAGCUCAGCAGCCGGAUGAACACGUGGCUGUCGAAGCGAAUAUCUUGCCGAGCAUGGAGGAGCGUAGAUGGGCUAAUUUGGCUGUUGUGAACAUGCUUAAGUGUAAUUUGAACAAAUACAUUCAAGAUAAGGUUCACCGGAUUCCAGAGAUACUAAUCAAUGAUCAUAACUUCCUGAUUGACGAGCUUCCAUCACAAUUAGUUAGUGACCUUCAUGAAAAAGUGAAGUUCAUGGUCCGAACCGGGUUCGAGAAGGAGUGUGUGGACCAAUACUGCACUUGGAGGAGAGAGUUCUUAGAUUUGGCGGAGAAGGAGCUUAGUAUACAAGAAAUCGAAGAGAAGAGAAGGAUUAAGACUUGGAUUAAAGAAUCCAAUGUUUCUCUCAAGAUAUUGUUUCCUAAUGAAAGGAGACUCUGCGAUCGCAUCUUCUUGGGUUUUCCUUCUGUCGCUGAUUGUUCUUUCGCGCAGAUUUGCGGAGAAUUCACCACUAAUCUGCUAGAUUUUGCCAAUGGUUUUGCCAAUGGUAGCCAUAUGCUUAAUCUUUUGCCCAGUGUCCUCCAAGUGUUCGGUGUAUUGCAUGAACUGAUACCAGAGUUUGAGUCAGUGUUUUUGGACCAAUUCAGUGUAUCGCUUAGGAGUGAAGCAGCGACGACUGGAAGGAGACUAAGGAAAGCAAUCAACGGGAUGUUCAUGCAGCUUGAGAAGUUGAUAAAUUGUGAUACAUCACAAGUAGCUUGUCCUGGAGGUAUUUGCCCUGUUACCGUGGAAGUGAUGAACCAUCUUAGUGCUGUUGGAGAGUUUGGGUCUUCUUGGCUUUCUGCGGAGGUAACUAGAAUAAUUGCAUUGUUGGAAAGCCAUCUGGAAGCCAAGUCCAAAGAUUACAGCAACCCUGCUUUGGGCUUUGUUUUCUUGAUGAAUAAUGAGAGGUACAUUGAAAAGAAGGCAAAACAGUAUCAAUUGGAUAAGAUUUUGGGUAAUCAUUGGAUCCGACAAAGGGCUGCUAAAGUCCGAGAAAACUCUGAACACUACAGGAGAAGCUCGUGGGAAGAGGUCUUGGGGUUUUUGAAACUUAGCACAGAGCAAAUUGAAGAAGCAGAGUCCAUGAAGAAGAAGCUCAAUCUGUUCAACUUGCGGUUUAAGGAGAUAUGGAUGGAUCAAAGUGCAUGGUUUAUGCAUGAUGAAGAGCUAAGGGAAGAGAUGAUAGCAUCGCUGAGAAAGAUAUUGUCUCGUACCUAUGGAUUGUUCAUUUGGAGUUUCAACAAGAUACUUGGUAAGGAUGCUCAUGAGUGUAUCAGGUAUUCAGUGUUAGACAUUGAAGACCUACUGAAGGAUUUAUUUGGCUGGAGAGGUGAACAACUAGCAGAAAUGAAAGAUUAAGUAAGAACUAUAUGGAUAGUAUACCUUCAGAUCUAAGGAUUCUCAGAUUCUAGAUCAAUCAUUUGCCUCCAAUGGCAAUGUGCAAUUUGAUCAUUAAUGCAGCACCAGAGAGCUCAUCAUUAUUGUUGUAAUUAUUCUAUAAUUAGUAUAGAUUUGUUUAUAUUAGGACAGAUUUGGUGCAGAUUUGUUUUCAAUAGUUUUUAUUAGCUGUUAUUUUCUUUUCUUAAUUAGGUUGUAAAUAAUCUUUAUAUUCUGUAUGUAAUCA